UUCUUUCCCGUGCUCCGGGAAUGGUGGUCGAGCUGCGCUAGGGCUUCUGAAUGGCGCCGGAUCACACUUCGCCGUCCUCGUCCUCCACCUACGACCCACAGUCGCUCCAGGAUUUGCAGAGAAUGAGGGUCGAUGAUCUCAUCUCGUGGCUGUCCGAGAACAAGGCGGAUGGUCUUCCACCCAGGGUAAGCUCUCUUCUCUCCGAAAACCAGGGAAAGACUAGAUAGAGAUGGGGCAGGAAGCACUGAACUUUUAGCUACCAGAGAAUUCCCAAAGGCUAGACGGUUGAUCCGGGUUUUUUUCUUUCUUGGUUCGAUUUUCCAAAGGCGAGGCCUGAGAGUUCUCAGCAGUACGAAGGGGUCUCUCCAGCAUCUCUCAAAGAUGAAAAGCCACAGCUGCCGGCGAAAGUUUCCCCAAGAAAGCCACUCAAGCGACCACCCUUGCUCUGGAAGACCCGUCGAAACAAAGCAAAGAAUGGUGGCGUUGGUAGCGGUGGCUCGUUUUUGCUGAGCUCGGACUUGAUCGAGAGGAAUGCUGCGAGGUUUAACUCGUUUGACGAGGAGAUUGAAAGGCAGAAGUGCUCCCUGGAGAAUCACUACUGCACGUAUGAUGCUAUUCGCGAGGAGAUCGUCAACGACACCAGAAGUAUGGAGCUGUGGAGGGGCAUGAUGGAGGAAGUCCAGGACUCGGAGCCCGAGUUUAUAGAGCGGAAGUUCCCGGAUUUCCCUCCGAGUGCCAGCAAUAUGGAGGACCUUUGCGAAGACGAGGAUGAAGAUGACUCGCCGGGAUGCAAGUUUUUUUCCUUGAGGUUGGCACAGAACAAGUAAUCUCGAUCUGGUGGUGGUAGAGUAUUAGCAUAGGCUCGGGGGGAAAAAGAAAAGGACCAGCCAGGGGCAGGGACGAAAGCCAUUGACAGGAGGAAAAAACCAACUAAAGAAAAAUAUUUGCUGGAGAAAACAGCAAAGCACAGUGGCUAUGGAAGUAUGACAGGAGUUUCUGGUGGUUUUUGUUUGACAGAAGCAAGCCAAAGAGUUUUAUGUCAAGAUGGCUGAGGCGCUUUUGGUAGAGAGGCAGUCUAGACACGAGCGUGGAAGGCUGCGAAUGCUUGGCAUUGUCUCCAGGUGACAAAAACAAUGAGGUCGCUCUGGUGCUCCUGCUCGCCACCAAGAACGGCUGAUGAUUUGCCGAAGCGGAGGAGACCAUCGUCGGCUCCAGCUUCUACCUCUGGAUCACCAAGCCCACCUCCGCCAUCGCUGGAGCUAAGCAGGCCGGCGAGGCCCAACCCUUUGAAGCGAACGAGAAUGUUUGGGCCGCUUGCUCCUGGCAAGAGGCUCACGCAGCACUGCCUCGACAAGCCGUUCCAGUUGAGGCCACCGGUUGGGCGGAGCCGCCGCAAGAGCAGCUACCAGCAGUCACUGAGGCACACGCUCCGGGGGCCAUACCACGUCCUGCUGCUGGUGUUUUGGAUUUGCUUCUUUGCGUUUGGUGCUCUUGCGUGGUACUUACAGUAUCUCGAGGACAGGAAGAACAGUUCAUCCUGGUGGAAGUAGGCGCUCGUUAACUUCUAGCCAAGCCCACUCACUCUCCACGUUUGCGUUCCUUCCAAAUCUCGUGGAGGAACUCUCGUGGCCAAGCAAUCGAUUUUGAGACACCCAAAUGGUUAAAAAAAAGAUUUUGAGACAACCAGAAGUCUUGGGUGCUUUGAAAUGUUCCACGAAAACUUUAUAGAAGUCAAAUACAUUGUUCUCAAAUUUUCUAUCACACUCCUAU